AUGUCUACGAUGUCAGAAUACAGUUCCUCAUCGCCUUCGCAGUCGAUUGGUGUCCGACAAAUUGUUAUCGGCACUCUUCCAAAUAUGCAAAAACGAAAAAUCGAUGAGAAUGCUCAAAACACAUCGGUGACCCGUUUCAAGCCCACAUUGGUCUCACUCCCAAAGGCAGAUUUCAAGGCACUUUUAGAGGUUCCAGAAGUUAAAGAAGUUCUAGAAGCAUCUCGAAUUCCACCAAAGAAGGGUUAUCUGAUCAAAAAUAAUGAAAUCGAGUGGUUUAUCAAGUCAGAUAACGAGAUAAGACAGCUCGCCAAGUUCUCAAUUCUCGAUUUGAACACCGGACGAAUCAUAUGCUACUGGAUGCCAUCUGCGAUUGAUGAGGUUUCUAGAACUCAUCUGGAAGCUCCCGAACCUUCCCCAAUCGCUCAGAAGAGAGUGUCAUUUGAUGGAGCAGGACCAUCUCCAAAAAUUCAAAAAAUGAAUCCACCGGCAGAGACAGAAGUAAUUACUCUUGAGGACGAGGUUCCUCUAAGUUACGUUCCGAUCUCUCUGAAUAACGAUCAGUUAACACACUGGCUGAUUAAAAUUGAGCGCAUAUUGAUUGAUCAGAAGGAAAUGUACGAAAGAAAACUGAUUGAUCAACAUGAAAUGUUCGAACAAAAGUUAAUGGAGCAACAGGCAAUGUACGAACAGCGUUUCGAAAAAAUGGAAGAACUAAUUCAACGAAAUCAUGGCGACGUCAUCCAGAUUGGUAAUGAUGAUCGCAGCCGUGUGAAUCAUGAACUUGCUUCGAUUAGAAGCGACAUGGUAAUUCGUGAAAAGUCACCACAACCGACGAUGGCUGAAACACUUGCCGCUAUUAAGAAGGCUGCGAAAAGGAAGAGAAAAUAA